AUGGCCGAGAUGACCCCCGACCAAAGAUUGGCCCUCAUCAAGGAGAACCUUGCCGAGGUGCUCAACGAGGAGAUCAUCAAAAAGAUUCUUGAUGAGGGGAAGCAUCCUAAGAUUUAUUGGGGUACCGCAACCACUGGCCGCCCUCACUGCGGCUACUUCGUGCCCGCUAUCAAAAUUGCCCAGUUCCUCGCCGCCGGCUGCGAUGUGACCAUCCUGUUAGCCGACAUCCACGGCUUCCUCGACAACCUGAAAGCCCCCCUCGAGCUGGUCAUGUACCGCGCUGAGUUCUACCGGCACAUCAUCACUGCCAUGCUCAAGGCUGUGGGCGUCUCCACCGAGAAACUGCGCAUCGUGCUCGGCUCGUCCUACCAAAAGAGCGCGGAGUACGUCAUGGACGUGUACAAAAUGGCAUCCUUGAUCUCCGAGCAUGAUGCCAAGAAGGCCGGUGCAGAGGUCGUCAAGCAAAGUGACAACGCCCCGCUCUCGGGAUUGUUGUAUCCCAUCCUGCAGGUGCUAGACGAGCAGUACCUCGACGUGGACGCGCAAUUUGGGGGGAUGGAUCAAAGGAAGUUGUUUACGGCGGCGAAAGAGUGGCUGCCGAAGCUAGGGUAUCGCGAGAGAGCCCAUUUGUUGAACCCGAUGGUGCCGGGCUUGCAUGGCGGCAAGAUGAGCUCGAGCGAUCCAGAUAGUAAGAUUGAUUUGCUGGAUGCGCCGGAGGUAGUGGCGAAGAAGAUUCGAAAGGCACAUGCUGCGCCGCAGGUGGUUGAGGAGAAUGGACUGUUGGCGUUUAUUGAGUUUGUGCUGCUGCCGGCGGCGAGACUGCGCGGGGAUGGGGAAUUCCGAGUUGAUAGGAGUAGGGAUGGAUUGGAGCCGUUGGUUUAUACGGAUAUUGAGAGGGUGAGGGAGGAUUAUAAGAACGAUGUGUUGACCCCUCAACUCAUUAAGCCCGCCAUCACCGAGGCCCUCAACCGCCUGCUUGCCCCUAUCCAGGAGGCCUACCAAGCCUCUAAGGAGUGGCAGGAAAUUGCUGAGAAGGCUUACCCCCCGCCGCCCAAGAAGGAGAAGAAGGUCAAGAACAAGGGCACACGCUACCCGGGCAACAAGGACCAGCAGAAGGCCGAUGGCCAGGCGAAGGCCGAUGGCGAGGUGAAGGAAUUGCCUGUUAGGCCGAAUGGGGAGGCUGGGGAGACGCCAAAUUAA